AUGAAGUACCGCCCAGAGGACCCCAAGAACAUCAACAAUGACCGCUUCAUCCUUUCUAAGGUGAGACUAUUGGAAGUAAAUAGAACACUAAUAUUGCUUUCUAUUGCAUCUCCAUAUUGUGAGAUCCUCCAGCUCACCUCCACUGUUUUGGUUGGAGAAAGGUCAUAUGACCGCAGGUGUGUCCAAACUUUUGACUGGUAGUGUAUAUUGACUUAUGUAAUACACUUGUGUUACAGCUGGUGUACAAUUGUUAUAUGAUAUGGCUACAGUCAUAAGAAACAAUGUAUUUUACACUUCGUGGUUGUGAAAUAGUUAUGUGGUUAUGUUUUGGGUUGUACUAGAGUAACAUGGUUUUUCCUCUCCUCAGGGUCAUUCUGCCCCGGCCCUGUACUCCAUGUGGACAGAGACUGGUUUCCUGAAGGAGAGUGAGCUGCUCUCUCUGUGCCAGGUGGAGCCCAACCUGGAGGGACACCCCACACCUGUGAGUGAUAACUACUAAACAUCACCUUUAAUAGCCAAACAGUUAACCUACACCUCACCAUUAAUAGCCUAACAGUUAACCUACACCUCACCAUUAAUAGCCUAACAGUUAACCUCAAUUAGGACCAGACAGAUAUGACCACACAACAACCCUAAACCUGGGUCGUAUUCAGUAGGACACACCGUAGCAAAACUGAAAAUGGAAAUGUGUGUUCUUCUUGGACAUGUUCAGGUAGUACCUCACUGAAUUUUGAUACCUUGUAACUUAUAAUAAUAGCUACAAGUUUUACAACCUACUGAACACACCCUUGCUCUCUAUGGUGAUAGUAACAGUCCUGUUCCUGUGUAUGUGUUGGAGUUUCAGAAGCAGCAGUUUGUGGAUGUGGUCACUGGCUCUCUGGGCCAGGGCCUGGGCGUAGCCUGUGGGAUGGCCUACACCGGGAAGUACUUUGACAAGUCCAGGUAAGAGUUCACACAAAUGCACACCCAGAUGUUUAGUCUUUGCAGGCCUCUGCAUUCUAAAGUGUUAAGUGUGGACUCAAAUGCAUAGUGAGGUAUUCUAUAAUUAUUUAGAGCAUAAUGAGGUAUUUUAGAGCUCUUUAGAGCAUAGUGAGGUAUUUUAGAGCUCUUUAGUACAAUGUGAGGUAUUUUAGAGCUCUAUAGAGCAUAGUGAGGUAUUUUAGAGCUCUUUAGGGCGUAGUGAGGUAUUUUAGAGCUCUUUAGAGUGUAGUGAGGUAUGAUAGAGCUAUUUAGAGCAUAGUGAGGUAUUUUAGAGCUCUUUAGUACACUGUGAGGUAUUUUAGAGCUCUAUAGAGCAUAGUGAGGUAUUUUAGAGCUCUUUAGGGCGUAGUGAGGUAUUUUAGAGCUCUUUAGGGCGUAGUGAGGUAUUUUAGAGCUCUUUAGAGCAUAGUGAGGUAUUUUAGAGCUCUUUAGAGCAUAGUGAGGUAGUUCAGGGCUCUUUAGUGCACUGUGAGGUUUUCUAAGGUCCUCUGGUUGUGCAGUAUCAGCAUGCUCUGCUCUUCCGAUUCUUCUGCUCUAAUAACCACAGCCCCGGCAGCCACAACUCAGUUAUUUUUACCAUCCAGACAGAUUCUGUCUCAGAAUCCAAUUCAGACUUCACAUUAGUAUUCAUCACUCAGUCUAUUGUUCAAAAUCACACUCACAUUCCCCAGUCUAAUUCAGGUUUUGUCUCAGAAUGAGGACUGCGAUUCUCUGAUAUGUGGAAUGCGGAUAUUGCCAGUCCUGAAAAUGUGCCCUGCCCUGGAUAGAUUUGUACUAGAGGAGGAUUUUGUGUGGGUGGUGGUUGAAACUGAUGACAUAAACAGAUUAUCAGGCCAUUUGAUUAAAAGAUUAGCGUUUGCUUUGUUCAAAGGAGUCUGUGAGGCUAGUCAGCGUAGAUGUGAGGGAAAACAGUAAGUGUGAUAGAGGGAGGUGUGAAGGUUACCAUGAUGGCAAGCUUUUUUCAAUAUCCAGUUGUGGGAGAGGGCUUUCACAAUUCCCAGUGGGCUUUCAAUCCAUUCUGUCACAUUAGGGGAAAUGGACGAAUCUGUCUGGAAAGGUGUCAGAGAGCACUAUUUGGUGUCGGGUAGAAUGAUCAUUUGAUCUUACCACUUCUUGAUUCUACACGCUUUGAAAAAAAGGUGCUGUCUAGAACCUAAAAGGGUCCUUUGUCUGUCCCCAUAGGAGAACCCGUUGAAGAACCCUUUUCGGUUCCAUGUAGAACCUUUUCCACAGAGGGUUCUACAAGGAACCCAAAAUGGUUCUACAUGAAACCCAUAAUGGUUAUACCUGGAACCAAAAAGGGUUCUCCUAUGGGGACAACUGAAUAACUAUUUUGGAAAAAAAACAUUAUAAGAGUGUAUACACACACACACACACACACACACACACACACACACACACACACACACACACACACACACACACACACACACACACCCCUGUCUCACCCCCCCAUCCAUCUCUCCUGCCCAGCUACCAUGUGUUCUGCCUUUUGGGGGAUGGGGAGCUGUCUGAGGGGGCAGUGUGGGAAGCCAUGUCCUUUGCUUCCUACUACCAGCUGGACAACCUGGUGGCCAUCUUAGAUAUCAACCGCCUGGGCCAGAACGACCCAGCGCCCCUGCAGAACCACGUGGAUAAGUACCAGAAACGCUGCGAGGCCUUUGGGUGAGUAUGUGUGAAAGUGGGGUUACGUUUGUGUAUGUGAGUGUGUGUGUGUGUGUGUGUGUGUGUGUGUGUGUGUGUGUGUGUGUGUGUGUGUGUGUGUGUGUGAGUUUGGAAGUGUGUGGAAGUGGGUUUACGAGUGAGAAGGACAGAGUGAGUAAGAGGGAGAGAGAUCAUCUUUGUCAAUGUGAAGGGAGCGAGAGAGAGUCUAUGAAUGUGUGAAGGCACAUGUCAACAUUAGUGGGCAUAUGUGGCAUUUUCUGUUCGUGUGUAUGAGGAAGCGAAAGUGUGUAAAUGCGUUUCCAUAUGUGAAAUGGGUUUUCUGACGUGUGUGUUGCUGUCUACAGUUGGCAUGCCAUCAUCGUGGACGGGCACAGUGUGGAGGAGCUGUGUAAGGCUCUGAGCCAGGCUCGUCACCAGCCUACUGCCAUCAUCGCCAAGACCACCAAGGGCAAGGGAAUCCCAGGUACUCUCACCCUCAUAUGGCUAUUGGCUACAUCCUAUCACUCAUUCUUGUUGAUGGGCUAACCUCUCGGUAUGGUGUGUAAAGUAUAUAAAGUCUUGGGCCAUUGAUUUUUCCUGACCAUGUAACCUGACUCCAGGUCUGGGGUUUUUCCUCGUCAGGAGGUCACGUCGUCAGGCUAAAACCCCUGGGCCUAUGUAUCCAUUAAAAUGUUGCUGUGUAUACAGCAUAUGUGUAUUCUAGCAUUAUGUUUGUCUGCAUUUACCAGCUGUGGAGGAUAAGAUGGGCUGGCAUGCCAAGCCCCUGCCCAAGGACAUGGCUGAGGGAGUCGUGAAGGAUCUGCAGACGCGCAUCAUGAACAGCAGCAAGCGCCUCUACCCCACCACGCCCAUAGAGGAUGCCCCGCCAGUCAGUCUGCGCAACGUCCGCAUGCCCAGCGCACCCGCCUACAAGCAGGGAGAGAAGGUAACAUAAAGUACAUACCUCUCACCAUAUACUGUACAUCUGUGGUUGGACUAUUAUCCCAGGAUAAUUGACUCCACUGGGACUGGGGCUCACCCAAUAGUCACAAACAAUAUAUCAUAAUAGAAGCAGUCACUCACACCUUAGAUUGACUACUGUCACAGAGAAGGUGGUAUAAUGAUACAUGAAUACACAGGCAGAAGUAUUGACUUAAUAAUUACUGACUGGUUGAUUGAUUCAUUGAUUCAUUGAUUUAUUGAUUUAUUGAUUGACUGGUUGUAUUUCUCUACAGAUUUCCACCAGGAAGGCCUAUGGCAUGGCCCUGGCUAAAUUGGGUCGUUAUAAUGAGCGUGUGGUGGUCCUGGAUGGAGACACCAACAACUUCACUUACUCAGAGAUCUUCAAGAACGAACACCCCGACCGCUUUGUGGAGUGCUACAUCGCGCAGCAGAACAUGGUAUGAAAUGAACCCUAACCCUAACCUUAACCCUUACUCUGACCCUAACCCUAUUGAGUUUUUCCUGAUCACAUAUAUGUAGUUAGGAUCAGGAAUGACCACUCUAUAAACCAAUUAUGACCACUCUAUAAACCCAGACAAACACUCUCUCUAAUUAAACCAAGCUUUUAAAAUCCGACCUGUUUUAAAAUGACCUCUAAAUUAUACUUUUUGUAAAAAAAACAAAUAUAUUCAGCAAUAUAGAUAUGUACUCAGAUUAAAAUAAUAACUCUAAUAACUAAUAAUUGCAGCAGCAUUUUUUAUUUUUUUUAUUUUUUUUAUUUAACCUUUAUUUAACCAGGUAAGCCAGUUGAGAACAAGUUCUCAUUUACAACUGCGACCUGGCCAAGAUAAAGCAAAGCAGUGCGAUAAAAACAACAACACAGAGUUACAUAUGGGGUAAACAAAACAUAAAGUCAAAAAUACAACAGAAAAUAUAUAUACAGUGUGUGGCUCAGCUUAGCUGUCCUCUCUCCUCUGCCGAUGUCUCUCUCGCUGAUGCUCAACCGAAUGCCCUGUCCCUAGACCUGGGUUGAAAUACUAUUUGAAAUCUUUCAGAUACUUUGAGCGUUUGCUAUUGCCUGUUUGAAGUGCCAAAUGGCAGGGCUUUACAGUUUCUGGACUAGUCUAUUGGUCCAUUAAGCCAGACAAGCUCAAUCAAGCACAGAUAAAGUAUUUGAAGUGAUCUCAAAUAGUAUUUGAACCCGUGAUCUGCCUGUCACUAAUUUUGCUGAUGCUGAUUCGCUAUAACAAAAUGCCUCUCUACUUCUGUUCAGACCACUGACUCGCUGAGCGAAUUCCCUCUCUCUCAGGUCUGAUUGCCUGAAUAAAAACGUGUAGCUCUCUCAGUGUUACAGAGGUUGGUCUGGUGAAUAAUGCAUGUAGGUCCAUCCAUAAUGUAACGCUGGAGAGAAAGGCAGAGACAUGACCCACUUACAGUACACCAUGCCAUGCGUCCUCCCUCCAGCCAUACUCUCUCCAACAUGCUACCUCCGCUGCCUCACCACGCUUCCUCCAUCCACCAUGCUCCCUCCCUCCGCACAGCUGGCUGGUUUGUCAUCUUGUCGGCUCGAGGAUUCAAACCAGCGACCUUUCAGGUACAGGCCCAACACUCUAACCGCUAGGCUACCUAGCCUCUAUUCCUAUCCUCUCAUUGCAAUCUGCCCUUAGAUUAACACUUUAGGAGAGUUAGUCAUUCAGGCCUGGCUGUAUUACUGUCCAGCUGCUGUUUGGCUGGUUCCUCCUGCAGCAGAAGCCUAUCAGCCUGUUCAGAUGUAGGUCAGGGCUGUGUUUGAUGAGUAGCCGUUAUGACAGUUAUGCUGAGCUGAGAGGUUAAAUAUUCAUCAGUGAGAGGAGGGAGGGUGUGGCCGUCUGGCUGAUCUGAUUGUCUUACUGACUGGUUGGGUGACUGACUGACUGAUUGACUGACUGACCGGAUGGAUGGAUGGAUGGCUGACUGGCUGACUGGCUGCCUGAAUGACUGGCUGACUGGCUGUCUGACUGGCUAACUGAAUGAAUGACUGACUGACUGACUGGAUGGAUGGCUGACUGCCUGGCUGAUUUACUGACUGGCUCACUGGCUGACUGACUAGCUGGCUUGCUGGCUGAUAUACCAUCGUUAUAAAGAUGAUUGUGCAGAAUAAAGCUAGAAUGGCAGGUUCAAAUGAGACAGACAGAUUGUCUAAUGGGGAAUCAUUAAUAUUGAUAAGAGAAUCAUGAGAAUAUCAGCGGCACUGCUGUUCAUUUUAUUACUUAUUUAUGACUGCAUUAUGUAUGGCAUUGUUGAAUACUUGUUUCUGAUUGGCUUGAAGGGUAUUCUAGAGCGUGCAUUAUUUCCCUUUAUAAACUGGGUGGUUCGAGCUCUGCAUGUUGAUUGGCUGACAGCCGUGGUAUAUCAGACCGUAUACCACUGCUAUGACAAAAUAUAUAUUUUUAAUGCUCUAAUUACGUUGGUAACCAGUUUAUAAUAGCAAAAAGGCACCUUGGGGGUUUGUGGUAUAUGGCAAAUAUACCACGGCUAAGGGCUGUAUCCAGGCACUCCGCGUUGCGUCGUGCUUAAGAACAGCCCUUAACCGUGGUAUAUUGGCCAUAUUCCACAGGCCUUAUUGCUUAAAUAAUGCAUGGUGUAUCAGCACGGUAGAAUUCAAUGGCUAUAGUUAAUUCUUACAUGUUCUACGUUUGAGCUGCUUUUGAAAGCAAAAGUCGAAUUGAAAACGUUAUUGGCAUUGUUGAAUUAGAUUUUCAUAAUAGCAAGCUAGGACUGAUGGUUUGGUUAGUUAAACUAGCAAGUCUGUUUGGUUACCAAGGCAACUACUGUAGCUAUCUAGUAAACUUGCUACCUAAUUCAGUGGAUGUUGAACAAAUUCAACUCUGUGGAAGGUCAGUUCCACGUUGUUUAUUAUUUUCCAUAGAACGCAUAGCCCCUCGUUGAUUAUCAGUUAUUUAUGUCAUCAUUGGAGUCAUGUGUUUGUGAAUACUGUAUUAAAGGGGCAAUCUGCGGUUCAAACAAUCACAAAGAAAGAGAAUAAUGAUCAUGUCAAUGGAAAGAGUGCUCUCCUCUUUGUCCAGGAAAUGGGAUAAUAGUACUUCUGUCUGGGACUGAUAUGGAAUAGGAAUGAGUCCAUCUCUCCUAUGUCCACAGUGAAGUGAAUAACAUGGGGAUCGGGGAGAGUUUUCGAGAUAGGAAACAGGAAAUGACAACUUGUGAGAGAGAAGCACGCCGCUGAUUCCUCUCAUAUGGUACCAUAAACUUGUGUGCUUUUGGACUGACGGACUUCUCACUGACUUUUACAUAACAUGGGUCUGGGUUUCUGGGAGGCGUGAUCCCUCCUUUUGAUUGUGAUUGGCUCAGCAGUCAUUGUCCCCAUGGAGACCUCACUUGACCCUUUGUAUUUUCCAGUCUAGAGUGACCACAUGUCCGCAUUUUAUUAACAUAUUAAAACACUACUAAUUUACAAAACAAGGUAGAUUGUCCCGUAUUUCAAUCAUAUUUCCCAUUUGUUUGAUGAGAAUUGACAUUUCAACCUGUCUCUUUUGCAGUCACAUUGCACUUUUGAUAAGAUAUACAGUGCCUUCAGAAAGUAUUCACACCCCUUGACUUUUUCCACAUUUUGUUGUGUUACAGGCUGAAUUUAAAAUGGAUUAAAUGUAGAUUUUUUGGUCACUGGCCUACACACAAUACCCCAUUAUGUAAAUGUUGAAUUCAUUUUUCAAAAUGUUUACUAAUUACUUAAAAAUGAAAAGCUGAAAUGUCUUGAGUCAAUAAGUAUUCAAACCCUUUGUUAUGGCAAGUUUAAAUAGUUCAGGAGUAAAAAUAUGCUUAACAAGUCACAUAAUAAGUUGCAUGGACACACUCUGUGUGCAAUAGUAGUGUUAACAUUAUUUUUGAAUGACCUCAUCCCUGUACCCCACACAUACAAUUAUCUGUAAGGUCCCUCAGUCAAACAGUGAAUUUCAAACACAGAUUCAACCACAAAGACCAGGGGGGUUUUCCAAUGCCUCGCAAAAUAGGGCACCUAUUGGUAGAUAGGUAAAAAUUAAAAAAGCUAACAUUGAAAAUCCUUUUGAGCAUGGUGAAGCUAUUAAUUAUCUCUACCAUAAGCCGCCUCCAACGGCAUUUUUGAGAAUUUGGCAGUACGUCCAACUGGCCGCACAACCGCAGAUCACAGCCCAGGACCUCCACAUCCGGCUUCUUCACCUGUGGGAUCAUCUGAGACCAGCCACCCAGACAAAUGAUGAAACUGAGGAGUAUUUUUAUCUGUAAUAAAGCCCUUUUGUGGUGAAAAAUGUACACUGAUUGGUUGGGCCUGGCUCCCCAGUGGGUUGGGUGGGAGACAGGGCAGGGGCACAGCCAUGGGUGGGCCUGGGAGGGCAUAGGCCCACCCACUUGGGAGCCAGGCCCACCCAUGGCUGUGCCCCUGCCCAGUCAUGUGAAAUCCAUACAUUAGGGCCUAAUGAAUUUAUUUAAAUUGACUGAUUUCCUUAUAUGAACUGUAACUCAGUAAAAUCGUUGAAAUUGUUGCAUGUUGCGUUUAUAUUUUGGUUCAGUGUAUAUAUGUCACAUUCGUUGAAUCCGCCUCCGGGCGUGACGACCUCUUACUCUCCGCCUCCCUGUUGCACCCCUGGUCUGGUCAGGACAUCGGCGCGCUGCUUCCCCUCUCCUUCCUCCCACGAUACGCCAGGCCCUGUCUGGACCCUGGUGUGGGAGACCCCGAACCUGGAGAGGGGCUGACGUCAUGGUCUGGACUGGAGCCGCUGACCGGAGCUGGACUAGACACCGGUGGAGCGGACUGCUCUGGCUCCGGAGUGGAGCAGCUGACCGGAGCUGGAUCAGGCACCGGUGGAGCGGGAACGGGCCGUGCUGGACUGGACACACACACCACUGGUCUGGUGCGAGGAGCAGGCACGGGUCUCCGUCAUCGGCACUGUUGGCGCCGUUUCUCCUCUCCUACCUGGGCAUCUACCUUCAUCGCCUCCCGAUAACGGACGGCCUCCUCCUUAGUAAUUCUCCCCCAACCGAGGAGGACAUCUACUAAGGUUACCUCCCGUUGAGUCCCAGGCGUUUGCUCCUUCUGGGCACGCUGCUUGGUCCUCGUUUGGUGGGAUCUUCUGUCAAGUUCGUUGAAUGACGGGUCAGACCAAGGCGCAGCGUGAUAUGCGUACAUGUUUAUUCAACUUAAUAAACACACGACAAAACAAUAAACGAAACGAAACGUGAAGUCCUAAGGUAGACACACAACAAACCUUAACCGGAACAAGAUCCCACAACUCAAUAGUGCCAAUCGGCUGCCUACGUAUGAUCCCCAAUCAGAGACAACGAGCGACAGCUGCCUCUGAUUGGGAACCACACCAGCCAACAUAGAUCUACACAUACUAGCAUGCCCACAUAGAAAAUACUACAUAACAAAGAAUAUACACACACAGAAUAUACACACCCUGACUCAACAUAUACGAGUCCCCUGAGUCAGGGCGUGACAAUAUACUGGAUAUAUAUUGUUUUUCUCACAAAACUAGUGCACUGGGCCUUUACUAGUCCUGUAUUAGCAGACCUAUACAGCGGUCUGUAGCGCGGGCAAAAAAUAAGUCAUAGAGAUACAAUAAAUAGUGUUCUAUGUAAUUAUGUGGUUCUGCUCACCUUCAGCUGCAGCUGAUUUAUUACAGUAGCCUACAUAGCUAUGUCUCUGCAGGUGCAGGACCAGCAUAGAGAUGAACUACAUGUUCCUGUGGGGAAAGAUAGGGACUAGAUCUACUGCCAAGCUCCAGAGGAGGCUUAUUCAGGGAGGAAGAGGAGGAUGGUCCUCCUGAAUCUAUGUCUGCAUCUGAAAUGGCACCCUAUUUCCUUUGUAGUGCAAUGCUUUUAACCAGGGCGCAUAAAUAUAACUGCACUAUAUAGGGAAUAGGGUGCCUUUUGGGACGCAUCCCUUGUAAAUGGAUAGAGAGUGACUUGGAAGAUGAAAUAUUGUCCUUCCAUCAGCUUCAUAAAAAUAAUUUUCAUCCAUUAUUCUCAGUAACUAAUCUCCCUAAAGUCACCAGCCGCCACUGUUACAGUGUGAUGUAACCCCUUUAUUCCCCUUUUCCCUCUAGGUGAGUGUUGCCACUGGCUGCGCUGCCCGUGAGAGGAACGUUGUGUACGCCAGCACCCUGGCCUCCUUCUUCACCCGCGCCUACGACCAGCUCCGCAUGGCUGCCAUCUCAGAGAGCAACAUCAACCUGUGUGGCUCCCACUGCGGCCUGUCCAUCGGUGAGUCUGUCUGACCCUCCCCCAAACAAACCCCGGGCACGCCCCUCACAUCCUCACUCCACUCCACGCCACUCCCAACACCACACACCAUCCCCCCAUACACUGCAAUCUGUCACCAAAGAUAGUGGAUAAAUUAAGAUAGUUCACUCAAGCCAUUUACCAUUGAAAAAAUCUAUUAUGUUCCGGUCUACUUAACUGGGUGUAUCCCAUGCAAUAGCAGCUGGGUCUGGUUUACUUAGUUAUUUGACUUUCAUUUAACCUAAAACAUAUUUAUAAUAAAGCAAGUUGGAUGUCUCGCUUCCUCUUCCAUCUCUGUCACCUCAGUCACAACCAAUGUUCCCUCUAAACUGCCCGUGUGCGCGGUCGUGCACCUCCUCCAAGACUGCCAGAAAUGCUAGGCGCGCAGAGACGCAAGAGAUUGAACUUCGCAUCAUUAGUUUUCACUUUAUAGAUCAACGUUUUUUUUGUGAUCGAAUCAACAUUAUAUCAGCCCCUUCUCAAUGCAACAAACCAAAACAAAUCUGACUUUGCAAGAUUUAGUCUGUGAUUUUGUUGUAGGGAGAGCCAGAGCGCAACGGAGUAGAAUUCUAUUGGCAGGGGUAGCCCAGGAGUGGUCUUUCAAUCACCAGCAAGUGAAUGCGCUUUUCAGAUCAGUGUCAGUUCAGAUCACAGCGCAGAGCCGCGCGUGUGCACAUUUGUUGAUAUUCUUUGCUAGUUAGCGAGUUAUUAGCCCAGUUAUAGAUAAGUAUAGGUCAGCAAUAGGGAUUUACUGCUUCCUACAAGAGCACAAAACGUGUAGGCUACAUUUCAAGCUGUCUUUUAUAAAAGCCAGUCAGGUAAAAAGCUUACAUCUUAAUAAAAAGGGGCAGUGUUGUAUUUUGAGACAGGCUUUCAUAUGCAAAUAAGCCAAUAUGCAGAGGGCCAACCUACAUUGUCUAAUUCUCUGUAUAGUAAUAAUAAUACAUUCUAUUUUGUGAAGUGGUUUCUUGCACCAUACAACACAAUACAAUUCAAUUUACAGUCACCUAUUUGGCCCAUUGUGUUACAGACCAAGUAAAAAAUAAUUGAUGUUAAGCCCUUCAUAAUGUAAAAACAUUUGAACACCACACAUAGGCGACUGUAGGCUAUAUCAUAGAAAUCAAAAGCUAUUUCCAUGUGAAAAUGUUAUGGGAUUUGCUCCAUUGGUUUUGUUGGUAGGCUUACAUUAUGCUCAAAUAGCCACAAGAGCCUAUUGGCUACUGUCUAUGGGCUCCUCAAGUCAACGCACCCUCAAAUGGUACUGACUUCCCAAUGUGACUGUCCGUCUUGUCCGGUUGAUCCAAGUUCCUCUCUUUCUUUUUCCCCACUUCUGUGUUUUCCUCCUCACCCCCUGAGGUCCCCAGCCUCCCUCUCUCCUCCCCCUCCCUGACCCCUGACCCUGUCUGUCCUGGACGCUGUCACCUUCACUGGGGGACCUGAUGUCCCUCUCCUCUGUUUGUCCCUCAGGUACACUGCAUGCCACGCUCUCUCCGUCUGUCUGUCCUACUGUCUGUCUGUCCUAUUGUCCGCAUUCCUGUCUGUCUGUCUGUCUGCCUGUCUGCCUGUCUUAUACACCUGCAUGUGAGUCCACCUGGCCUUUAGCUAUAUAUUGGGUUGAAAUAGUAUUUGAAAUCUUUCAAAUAUCUUGAAAGUUUGCUUGAGCCUGCCUGGAGUCUUGGCUGGAUGUGGUUUGCGCCAGGAAAUCAAAAAAAAAAGAGCAUCUCACGUAAUUAAAAGGUAACAAAUAGUAUUUGCUUUCUACGUUACAACAUUUUGGAAUUAAAUUAAUCUAUGUGAGUGUUCCAGGAGAGGAAGGGCCGUCUCAGAUGGGUCUAGAGGACAUGGCCAUGUUUAGGGCCAUCCCCAUGGCAACCAUCUUCUACCCCAGCGAUGGUGUGUCUAUUGAGAAGGCAGUGGAGCUGGCCGCCAGCACAAAGGUACUUAUAAUCCCGCCCACCAAGAUGCUAUUUGUCCUCAUCCCCAUACCCCAAAAAUGUUAUUGGUUCUUAUCCCCUCCCACCAAAUGUUAUUGGCCCUCCAACAUUGAUCCAUCUCCCUACGCCCCUGCCCCAACACCAGUGGAUGGGCUUUGUGUUCACACCCUAAAAUGUAUGACCGUAGUAUUCUGUUCUCUUUUCUUAGGGUGUUUGCUACAUCAGAACCAGCCGCCCCGAGAACCCCAUCAUCUACAGCAGCAACGAGGACUUCCAUGUUGGACAGGCUAAGGUGAAAUCUUUUCCACAUUACAUUAACCAAACAGGCUAUCACAGCCUUGGCUAAACCACUUACGUUUCCUCCUACUUCAGGACAUGAGCUGAUUUGUUAGAUGAUUAGUUUAAUUAGUUCUACAGCAUCCAUAUUAGGAACUCCCUCACUGAGGAACUAUUGUCUGACAACUGAAAGAGUUCCUAUUAUGGAUGCCGUACAGGUGGUUGAAUGGUUGCAGAUUAACACAGACAGGGUUGUCUUCUAGUGGAAUAAACAAUUAAUCUCUCAUCCAAUAGUCUAGCUUUAUGAGAUGCUUAAUAAGAUGUGCUGGAACCUUGUUGUUAACUCUUCCCUGUCCAUCUCAGGUGGUGUACCAGAGCGCGGAGGACAAGGUGACCGUGAUCGGAGCUGGGAUCACCCUGCAUGAGGCCAUGGCUGCAGCUGAGAUGCUCAAGAAAGGUACAGUACAACUACAGCCAGACUUGAAGAAAGAUUUGGAACCCAGGACCGAACUGUAUCGGGGUAUGAUGAUUCCUGGCUGGGGCCAUUCUCUCUUUUCUGCAUGCGCUAAUAAUGGCUACAUGCUUUAAUGCGCUGCUAUUGAAUCCAAUCAGUUCAUUAGUGUUGGCGCACAACAUCUAUAUCCUGUAAGUGUUGGCCUUUCUCAAUUAUAUGUUCAGGCGUAUCUUGUUUAUAAAGCUAUAUCCCUCUCUAUAUCUGAACCUCAUUGUUUGAAGGUUUUAAUGCCAUUCUCUGUAUAGCUGCUUGAAUCUUGUUCUCAUUCUUCCACUGAAACACAGUACUUGGGGUUUCAAAAUUACAGAAACUUUCCCAAAAUUCCCAGAUUCUCCAUAAAUCUUGGGUGGAGUAUUCUGGAUUUUGUUCUUAUUCCCUUCUGAUUCCAGGAAUCUUCCAACCAGGAUUUCUGGAAAACUUGGGGAUUUUGCAACCCUAUACACUACUGUUAAUUAACGCUACGUUUCCCACCUUGUUGUUUUCCCAGAGAGGAUCUUCAUCAGGGUGAUCGACCCGUUCACCAUCAAACCCCUGGACUCCAAGACCAUCAUUGAGCAUGCCCGCCAGACCAGGGGCCGGAUCCUCACCGUGGAGGACCACUACUACGAAGGUAUGCUUUUCCCUACCAGAGUUCCAACCUUACGUAUUUAUCAUUUUUGGCUAAAACACCAGGAAGAAAGAGACGGAGAUAGACAUAGACACAGAGGGGCUAGAUAGGAUGGGGCUCAAACCCCUGUUGCCAGGGUUAUGCUUGGUCCGGAGUCAGGAGUCUUUCCACUACACCAGAAUACGGUACACAAUACUACAUUUAUGUCAUUUAGCUGCAUUGUAGAGUUUUAGCCAUAUAUAUUGCAACCUGGCAACGUGUAAUUUUUCGGCAUUAUUUAUUUAUGCAGACUGUGUCCUCUCAUUGGCUCAGAGUGGCUGAGACGUGAUGCGGUGGCAUGUUCUCAUUGGCUUGAGAGGCAUAGCGUGUUUUGCGCUGUCAUAGUGGGCGUGGGCAAGAUAUAUUCUGUUCUGGUGCAUUUUGUUUGCUGAGGAGGAAGACUGUGUGUGUGUUGUGUGUGUGUCUGUGUGUGCGUGAGUGCGUGAAGGCCAGGGAGGCAGAGUGCUGUCAGAUUUCCUUAGUGGAGCGUGUGGUGAUGGGGCUUCUGUGACCUACAUAGCAUAGACAGCCAUGCCCAUGCCCAGCCCAGCCUGUGUAGGUGAGGUUUGGAGGAGAGGAGGAAAGUGGGGGGGGACAGACUGGACCUAAGAUGUGUGGCAUCCAAAAUCAGCCUGAUGUCUAGCAGUAGCAUCCCCCUCUCUGACCCCUAAGGUGCAAGAGACUGCACUCUUAGAAAAAAGGGUUCCAAAAGGGUUAUUCAGCUGUCCCCCAAGAGAACCCUUUUUGGUUCCAGGUAGAACCGUUUUGGUCUGGAACCCAAAAUGGUUCUAACUGGGACCAAAAAGGGUUCUACCUGGAACCAAAAAUAGUUGUGCAAAGGGUUCUCCUAUGGGGGCCACCAAAGAACCCAUGUAGGUUCAAGAUAGCACCUUUUUUUAAAGAGUGUAGGGAUAGCAGGAGAGAAAAAAGAGAGAGAAUGAGAGGGUGAGAUUAUGGGGGGAAAGAUGGAGAGAGAGAGUGUGCGCGCAUGGCGACAGAUUUAGACCAAUGGCUUCAUCCUCAAGAUCUCAAGACCAAUGAGUGGCUUCAGGUAGACAUCUCCAGGCACAGAUCUAGGAUCAGCGUAUCAUCCUGCAAUCAUAAGCUUUAACAAUAGAGGGGAAAAAAGCUGUUUGAGCUCAAUGUCUGAGCUCAAUGUCAUCCUAAAUUACUCCCAGGGAGUGUCUCAGAGCUGGGAGAAGGAUUGGACGCAAUUCCAUUUCAAUUCAGGAAGGAACCUGACAUUUCAAAUUGACUUCAAUGAAAUUGGAUUGACCCAAACCCUUUUGCAGAGAUGUUUCCUUUGCCUUCUCUCUCUCAUGUAUUUAAUGUAAUGUUGCUGUUCCUCAGGUGGCCUGGGGGAGGCAGUGUGCUCAGCGGUGGUAAAUGAGCAGGGCUUCACCCUGCAGCGUCUGGCAGUGGCCCACGUCCCCCGCAGUGGCAAGCCCAGCGAGCUGCUCAAGAUCUACGGCAUCGACCGCGAAGCCAUUUGCCUGGCCAUCAGGAAGAUGCUCAGUGGCUCUGCCAACGCCAAGUAG